AUGUUUUUUUAUCAUCUAUUUCAUUCUCCAGUUUAGGGACAAAACGCCAUACACAAUAAUGUUUGGACCGGACAAAUGUGGCAAUGAUAUUAAGCUGCAUUUUAUUUUCCGCCAUGUUAAUCCUAUAAAUGGUACCAUAACAGAAAAGCAUUGCAGGAAAGCAAAGGAUCGACUAGAUGAGCCAUUCAAGGACAAGCAACCACAUCUUUAUCAAUUGGUUGUACGUCCAGACAAUACGUACGUUAUCCGUGUCGAUCAUAAGACGAUCAAUGAGGGAUCUUUGUUCACUGAGUUUAUGCCACCGGUAAAUCCACCAAAAGAUAUCGACGACCCGACCGACUUCAAACCGGAAAAUUGGGAUGAAAGGGAAAAAAUUCCAGAUCCUGAUGCGAAGAAACCCAAUGAUUGGAAUGAAGAUGAACCACCACAAAUACCGGAUCCAAAUACCUCCAAGCCAGAAGGAUGGCUUGAUAACGUAGAAGAAAUGAUUUCGGAUCCUAACGCAGAGAAACCAGUUGAUUGGGACGUAGAUAUGGAUGGUGAAUGGGAAGCACCUUUGAUUGUUAAUCCCGCUUGCGAGAAGGUUGUCGGUUGUGGUUUAUGGAAACCUCCUUUAAUUUCCAAUCCCAACUAUAAGGGCAAGUGGCGUGCACCAUUGAUUGAUAAUCCCAACUAUCAGGGAAAAUGGGCUUCUAGGAAAAUACCUAAUCCGGAUUUCUUCGAGGAUAAAAACCCUUUCAGGAUGACCACUAUUGCCGCAAUUGGUAUCGAACUGUGGUCGAUGUCUAGUGAUAUUCUGUUUGACAACCUUAUCAUAGUCGACGACGAAACUCUUGCCAGAGAUUGGGCAGCCCAAACUUAUGAUUUGAAAAGAAAACUGAUUGAUAGAGAAGCGAAUACUCUAUGGGAUCGAGCGAUGAAAUAUAUGGGAUACAAACCAGGAUAUUGGUUCGCAUACUUCGUAUACUGUUCAAUUCCGGUUAUUGCUUAUAUUUGGUUCCUGCUUAAGCGUCGGGACAAAGAGAGCACACCCUCUCCUAUUGCGCGAGCUAAGAAAACCGACGAAUAUUCUUUCGACAGCGAACACAGGGAAGAAACUGUCAUAUCAAAGUCAAACCUGAACUCGAAUGAAGACGAUAGGGUACAAUCAAAUGCUGCAGAUUCCCAACAGGCAAAUGAUAACUACGAAGAUGAAGAGGAUGACCAGGACGACGAAGAAGAAGAAGAAGAACAACACGUUUUAACCCCUGAAGGAAAAGAUACAGCUGGGCAACUUCAGGAAGAUACUAACAAGCCUGCUAUGGAACCAGAAGGUGGUGUCAAAAAACGAAAGCCUAGGAGGGAAUGAAACUAUUUUACUAUUUUAUUUAAUGAAUUCUCAUUAUCUUCUACUAGAGUAAUCUUAAAUUAAACAUUAUUUUAUGUGUAGCGUUCAAUAAAGAGCAAAUACCUUCUGUGCGAUAAUGGAUUUUAUAUUUUAGAUCAGAUUUUAAUACCUAUACUUUUGCAUUGCGAACGAAUUGUAUUCGUGAUCAGGUUUUGGUAUCAAUAAAUUGGAACAAUUCAUAAUGCGUUUUUAGACACUGUAGUACAUAAUAAAAAGUCAUAAUUUAAAGUGUGUACCAAUCUGCCGGAUAAUUUAGGCGC